AUUUUACACCAAAACAGAUCAUCUCCUCACCCGCAGAACAUAAAGAAAAAAAGAGAAAAAAAGCUCCGAUUGUUGCAAGCAGAAAGGCAGCCUCUAAAUUUGCAUAGGGAGAGAAACUUGUAGCACUAUUACUGGGGGGCUUUCCAAAAUGGCUUCUUCAAUUUCAGCAACUGGGUUUAAGGGGGGUUUUGGUAUGAGUUCAUUUAUGGUUGGGGAAGAGUAUGGCAUGUUGGCUAAGACAAUGCGAAACCAUGUGAGGGUUGCAAAGCCAGUAAGAAUGGCGCCCAUGAUGAAGAACGUCAAUGAAGGGAAGGGCCUUUUCGCACCAAUUGUUGUUGUCACCCGCAAUAUAAUUGGAAAGAAAAGGUUCAACCAGCUUAGAGGAAAAGCAAUUGCCUUGCACUCACAGGUGAUUACAGAAUUCUGCAAAUCAAUAGGAGCAGACUCAAAACAAAGGCAAGGACUGAUAAGGUUGGCCAAGAAGAAUGGAGAAAGACUUGGGUUUCUCGCUUGAGGAAGGGCCCAAAUAUGUCAUCACCAAAUGAAAAGAUUCAAAUCCAUGGCUUAUUUUGUUUACGGGACUAUCAGCUGUUAAUGCCCUCAUCAUCUGGUUACCUCUGAAUCAUAAUGUUCACCAUAUUACUAAUUAUAUAAACUUAGUCAUUACUCAUUUCAGUUGUAAUACUCGGUCUUCAAAUUAUAGAAAUAAGCUUUUAUCACAAAUCAUUAUAUCACGAAACUUUAGCAAUAAAACUCGACAUUGUUUGUUACUCUUUUAA